GUGAAGUGCUCUGUUGAAUCAUUGUGCAGUGCUCUGUUGAAUCAUUGUGCAGUGCUCUGUUUAAUUGCUGUGCAGUGCUCUGUUGAAUCACUGUGCAGUACUCUGUUGAAUCACUGCAUGACUUUGUUGAAUUGUUGUGCAUGGCUCUGA